AACACUUACCAACCAAUGACGAUAUGGUUGAAGCGUUUCGUAACUUGCUUCUCCUCCAUGGUCACUUACCUGCAAAUCAUGGAGAUCACUACACACUUCUCAGGUUUCUGAAAAUGAGGGAGUUUGAUCUGGAGAAAUCCAAAGAUGCGUUUCUCAAUUGUAUCAAGUGGCGAGUGGAUUCUAAAGUUGAUUUGAUCUCUAAGAAGUUUAAGUUUGAGGAGUACAGUGAAGUGAAGAAACAUUACCCUCACGGCUUUCAUAAGGUAGACAAAAGUGGUAGGCCAAUCUACAUUGAGCGACUCGGUAUGGUUGACCUUAAUGCGUUUCUUAAAGCAACCACACUUGAGAGAUAUGUUAAGUACCAUAUUCAAGAACAAGAGAAAACGCUGACCUCGAGAUAUCCCGCUUGUUCUAUUGCUUCAGAGAAGCAUGUUUCGUCUACCACUACCAUUUUGGAUGUCUCUGGAGUGGGAAUGUCAAAUUUCUCAAAAACUGCGAGAUCACUCUUUAUGGAAAUUCAAAAGAUAGACAGCAACUACUACCCUGAGACUUUGCAUCGCCUGUUUGUUGUCAAUGCCAGUUCCGGAUUCCGGAUGUUGUGGCUCGCACUCAAGACCUUUCUUGAUGCUCGGACAUUGGCUAAAGUUCAGGUACUAGGACCUAACUACCUUGGAGAGCUACUUGAAGCAAUAGAUCCAAGCAACUUGCCGACAUUUCUUGGAGGAAAUUGCACUUGUUCAGAUCAUGGAGGCUGUCUUUUUAGCGAUGAAGGACCUUGGAAUGAUCCAGACAUCAAAGAAAAGAUCCAGGAGCCUUCCACAACCGGAGAUGCAGAUUCAGAGUGGCAAACUAUGGAUAACGUCUCAGAAACUGCUUCAGCUAUUCAAAUGGAUAAUUCAGGCAAGAUCAUGAUGACAAUGGAGAAGUAUACUGCCUUGAUAACCGCUAUUCUGGAUUCUCAGAAGAAAAUUGAAAUGCUGGAGGUAUCCCUCAAUAAGACAAAAAAGGUCUUGAAUGGACUCGCCGAGAUCAUUAGACCGGAUGAAACCGAAGCAAACCUAUAGCCAAAAUACAAACUGGUUUAGAGCACAAGACAAAAAUAAAAUAGUUAAGAAAAUGUCCUGCUUGAGAGUGUGUGGAAUCCGUACUACGGCGAUAAAUGCAAUCAUGUGUGGAGCCAAUCUGCUCACAUGGAUGCCCUCUAAUUUUACUUCCACAAACAACUGCACUGCACGUGUGGAUCUUUGCACUUCAACUUCAUUUGCUCACACACAUUUAUUUCUCUAUCUUUUAUUAAAAUCUAAUUCCACAGAUUUGAUCCUCUUCCCGAUGACAAUUGCUUCACUGGAAUAGCAUUAUUAUUUAGAGAUUAAAUCA